UUUCGAGAAACUAGGAAAUCAUCUCUUUAGCAACUUGUAAAUAUUCGGAGAGAGAAAAAAAGGGAGGUGUGUGUACUUGGAAGUAAGUUACUGAUAAUUGUUGACAGUGGUAGAUCUCUACUGAGCCAUGCCUCCCGGCACCUGUGUGUUGUGUGGUGCUGACAACAAACGAACAAAGCUGGUGUCUUGUCUUCAUUCGCUGUGCUUGCUAUGUCUGGAGCAGUGCAUUGAAGACAAUGGUUCAAUCCUCUGUCCAAGUUGUAAAUCGACAACACCACUGCAGCAAGCUGGAUGUCAUCCAGUAUCGUCUUUGCCAGACAGCUGUUUGAAGACAGUGGACACCAGCAACGAAGGGUCAGUUCCAUCCUGUGAUGAGUGUGUGGACGUGGAAGUUGCUGUGUCCCGCUGUCCUCAGUGCAGCAUAUUCCUAUGUGAUGCACAUGUUCAAAAUCACAAACGCUCGAGGGCUACCCAUGAGCAUGUGCUACUAGCAUUGGAUAGGUCUGCUGAGGGUGCUACUGCUUCACCUGCUCAACCAGCACACAGAUGUGCUCUGCACACGACAAAGACUAUCACACACUUCUGUCACGAGUGCCAAAAGCUGAUGUGCAAGCGAUGUAUCGAUACUAAAGCACACGAGCUGCACAAAUAUGCACUUGUGCCUCUUGGUGAAGCUGCAGAGAAGAUGAGACAGUCGGUGAGAGAGAAUCUAUCCACUUGUGUAUCUGGUGAGAGUGUUUGUCUUGAAACUGCAAGGGAAAAGGUCAGAUCCACCAUCACUGCUCUCAAUGAUCAGAUAGAAUGUGCAUCUGAACAUGCCACGGAGUUCUUUCAAGGUAUGAUGGAAGCGGUGAAGGCCAGGGAGACCAAGGUUCUGGACAAAUUGGAUCAGUUGCGUGCCCAAAAACUAGCACCAUUGGAGAACCAACUGCAGAAGCUGGAGGAAGGUAUUUCACAGACUGACAUGGUGACAAGUAUUCUAGACUCAAGCCAUGAUGAUAUGAGCUUCAUGAGAAUGUUCAAAUGGCUCAACACGGUCAAUACAACGGCAAGACAAAUUGCCCAGAGCCAUUCAGAACCUUGCACGGUACAAAGCAUCGCGUUCGCAGCAACAGAGACGCACGGUGUUCUUGAUGGCAUUGAGAAAUCUGGAGUGUGUGUUGACAUUGCCGAGAGCACACUUAUCUGUCCUGAGGAGGCUAACAUCGGCUGUGACACCACAAUCAGUAUCGAUAUGAGUGAAUUUAGUGAGAACCUAACCAUCAGCCCGGAUCAACUUUCCAGGAUGAAUAUCAACAUAGCUGUCACGGAUCCGGACAGUGAAACAGUACCGUGCCGCAUAUCACAACCAUCGCCCAAUGGCCAGCGUAUUGAAGCUAACUGCCGUCCUAUUCAUACGGGUGAGCACACCGUUUCGGCCACCACUGUCGGCACCCAUUUGAAGAGUAGUCCGGCAACGUUUAAUGCCCGGCCUAGCUUCGAAAAGGUCUACUGCCACAGUUCGUUUGAAAUUAGCAACAACAAUCAAACACUCUGCAAAACCACAGAUGAACGAUGUUAUCGAUAUGCGUACAGCGUUCCUAUAUUGAAGUGCAGAGGCUCAUCUCAAGUCAGGUUCUGUAUUGAUCAUUACACUCCAAUUGGCAACAUCUUCAUUUGUGGGAACUUCUCUGAUGAUCCGGAUCCUAGUGUACGUCCUAAAACUAAAAAAUGCUUCGGAUGGUUUGCUGGACGUGACAAGUUUGCCACAUUCACCGGCACAGAGCUAGGCCAGCCAUGGCAGUCGGGUGAUGAGAUCACACUCACUAUCAACCAUGAUCAACACAUCCUUACAGGUCACCAUCAUCGCACCGGUAUCAUAGACGUGCUGCGUAAUUUGCCCACCGGUAAGAUGCGCUGGUGUGUUUGCGUGGGCGACAUCGGAGCUAAAGUCACCAUGAUGUGAAUAUAGUUGUAUCGUUGCAUGGAAUAUUAACACAACAUUCACAGGAGAUGACCCCUUCCACACACGCACGCACACACAUACACAAACACGCAGGUGCGUACCUCGCGCAUCUGUGGUGUGGUGGCCAUGUAUCAGACUGUACAUCUGUGAUGUGGUGACUAUGUACGAUUGGCAACGUCAUAGGUGCCAUUUUGCCUAUUUAGACUAUGUAGUACUUAUGACGCACCUUCGCUGGUGUGGCGACCGGACUACGCUGACUUAGCAUGAGCUACGCGCCUGCACACGCGCGCGCGUGCGCACGCACGCACACACACACACACACACACAAUAAUACAGCCCUGACUUGUUCUUUCCGAUCGUGUUUACGCUUCACAGGUGUGGAGAUGGACAAGGAAAGACCUCUUCCACCCACGUGAGCAUAGGAUCUUGAUUUACCAUACUGAUUGUGUAUGUGCUUUGCAAGCCUGACUUGUUUCCUCCUUCUGAUUUUCUUCCUUUCGCUGGCCAGUCUACAUAACAUGUUUUGCCACGCAAGCACAAACAACCGGCUUUUGAUUUCCAUGUGCCGCUGCAUUUACGGUUCCUCAGCACGAUCAGAUUUGUAUGCUACCCCGAAGCGCCGUCAGUCCUGUAUUA